AUGGCCUCAUUAGGCAGCCUCACAAGAUCCAUUUCGACUCUCGUUUUGCAGUUUAAUGAGUACAGUUCUAGCGUUAGCUCCCAGCCCAGUGAGGCAGCUUUCCUUGCAACCGUGAUGCCUGAAUACAGCCAGCAGCAUCGAAUCCCUCUGCGCGUUCUGGUCUCCCCGACAAACUUCCAUAACCUCAAAAGGAUGUACUCGCAGAUCCCCAAUGUUGAGGUCCAAGCUUUCAGAAUCCAGCCUCGUCACCUCAACAUAAGCAUGAUGCUUUUGCUUAUGUCUGUUUCUCAGAACGACAGCAUGCCCCUGUAUAUGGCUCAAGUAACACGUGUUCUUCGGGAGAUGGCAAUGGAAAGUGGCGGUUGCUUCGAUUACCUUGAUUUCCGAGAACGUCUGAGUGCUCUUCGUCUUGAUCGUGUCCAAACUCCAUUCCUGCACCAGAGGCUGGAUCUGCUUGACUCAUAUCUGGACCUUACUGGACAGGCUACGAGUGACUAUUUCGUCGACGGCGGCGUUACGAUCUUGGACCUAUCAUGCCCAUUUGUUGACCAGAAUACGGCCUGCAUUCUCUUUCGGAUUGCCAUUGACUUAUUCCUCAGCGCUCACCCUUCUCGGGGGAAAAUGAUAGUCGCUGACGAGGCGCAUAAGUAUAUGACUGAAUCCCCAUCCGCGAAGGAACUCGUCCAGACAUUCUUGUCUAUCAUCCGACAGCAGCGACAUUGUGGAGUUCGCACCGUGAUCUGCACUCAGGAACCGACGGUCUCGCCGAAGUUGAUCGAGCUCAGCUCGAUCAUUGUUAUCCACCGAUUCACCAGUCCUGAAUGGUACAAGGUGAUACAGAAACAUGUCCCGAUGGAUACUAGGGAAGUCGGAAGCAGCGAAGACGGUGUUCCUAGCGGCCUGUGUCAGAUUGCUAGUCUACGGACUGGCGAGGCUAUUAUCUUUGCUCCUUCUGCUCAUCUCAUAGGCGAGAAAGACAUGGUCCUUGAUACGAGACAUCGUACAUUUAGGAUGUUGAUAAGAAAGAGAGUUACUUGGGAUGGCGGACGGACGGUCAUCUGCAUCCGCUAG